UAAAUGUAUUCAGCAAGUGUGUCCUCCAUCAAAUCUGUACCUUCAAGUAUUGCCACGUAUUACUUUUUUUUUUUUUAUCAGUCUAUAUGUUUCUUUCUUUCUUUCUUCUUUUUUACGACGCAGCGAUGUAGGUAGAUUAGAUAUUCCUCAGCAGAAUUACUCCUUCGCUGCAUAUGAGUUGGUAGAUACCGCAUACCCAUAGCUCUUCCGCCGUGUGACCAGGAGCUGCCUUGUUCAUACGUCGUAUCUGCAAUGUGCAAGUGAAUUUUCUUCUUUGCGUCGGUGCCUUGCUAACAGCUGUUCAGGUCAGCUCAGGCGUCUCGGACCCAGUGCGGCGCCCCCCUCGAGAACCGGAAGGUGUUAAGUCCUCUCUCGCCUUCUCCUGUGUUCCCUUCAUCCGCUGCUACAGGUAGUUCCCUACGUCUCCUGAGAGAAAAAAAAAAUGCGUAUCCAAGAAAUGACUGGUCAGCUGAACAAAGUCUCUCGCUUGGUCUCGUGGUGUCGCAGGCAGAAGACGGCUGCAUUGUUUCCGAUUGUCGUCAUCUGCUUCGUCUGCUCUUACCGUAUCCUUGACACGUUCAUAUGGCAGCCCUUUGUGAUGACAGCGACAGAGAGGCUCAGGAUGGACCGUGUCAGCACAGUCUUACAGGAGGUAAAGGAUAAAACUGUUCUCCACGUCCACGGUCCUUGGGUGCCGCAGAGCAAGUGGGUGCAGUACCCUGAUCGCAAGUGGCGAGGUUACCCAUUACCUGUGCUGACGUCACAACCCUUGGGACGGCUGGGCAACGUGAUGGGUGAAUAUGCUUCCCUCUGGGCCCUCACGCGCAUCUAUAACGUCACAGCCUUCGUGACGCCGAGCAUGAGGGCGAAGCUUGCCUUCUUCAACUCGCUUUCCCUUCCUGUCAUUCCUGGAGACUACGUGCGGAGCGAGUGGCAAGAUGUGGGGAAAUCCGGCAGCUUCUUCGGCUACAACUACACCAACAUCGAGCGGGCGGCGGCAGGGCUCCUCGGCCCCAAACUCUUCUGCUUGAAGCCGUAUCCCCUUUGAAAUUCAUCUCUUCAACUUAUUCAAGGAAGAAUUAAGGAGGGAGUUCGCUUUCGCCAAAGGAAUGCAAGAAAAGGUGAGAGAGUUCUUGGCACGCGUGCAGCGGAAGUGGCAAUCCGCCAACAACAGCACGGCCCUUCCGGUGCUGGUCGGGUUCCACGUCCGCCGAGGUGACUACGUAAGAUAUGCCGCG